AUGAGGAGCAGCAUCUACAAUGAGUGUGAUGUCCUUUCCUGGGUCGAAGUAGGCAAGAGCUGUGGCCUCGGAAAGCUUUCUCUUCAGUUCGUCCAGGGCAUCUUGCUGUAUGUCUGUCCAACACCAGUCCUCUCCUUUGGCUGUGAGUUGCCUGAGUGGUUGGGUGAGGUGGGCAAGGUUCGGUAUGAACCGACCACAGUAGUUAACAAGACCAAGGAGAGAUUUCACUUCACUGGCACUGGUGGGUGGGUGUACUCGACGACGGAGCAUUCGUGGCGCACGUCGCUGGUGCCCAUCUUCGACGGCCUGGCCACCACCACGCACACCCUGACGGAGAGCUUCAUCAUUCGCAAGAUCGUCACCGCGUACCGCACCAUGCCGCCUGGCGACCUGCUGGCGUUCGACGAACGCAACGUCACGCUCGAUCUCGACUCGGAGCAGUACUUCCAGACUCUGCUGAAUGGUGCCGGCGCGCCUCCUCCGCCGACGCCGCAGCAGCAGCCGCGGACGGCGUCGCAGGAGGCCUCGUACCUGGCGCUCCCGUCGGACGGUGACCAACCAGUGCAGCUAGCGAACCCGUUUCUCAACGCGGCUCUGUCCAACAACCCGCUGGCGGCGGUCUACCUGGGCCUGCAGCAGCUCAACCAGCAGCAGCAGGCGACGCUCUACUCAACCGUGACGCAGUCCAGCGUGUACACCACCACGGACACGGUAUUCCAUACCAAGCUGGUCAGCUUCUACGACGGCCGGCGGACGCGCACGCGCACCUUGUCCGAGUCGCUGUCCACCACGGAGCGCACGCUGACCAGCUACACGACCAGCGUGGUGCCCUACCUGAACACGCAGGCGCUGCAGCUCCAGCAGUUCCAGCAGCAACAGCUGCAGCAGCUCAUCGGCACCCAGCUGGGCGUGGUGCCGACGCAGCCACCGGCGCCGCGCUACACGACCGUCACGUCAACGUACACCACCGUGACGACGGCCACCAGCUACAGCUCCAAAAUCUACACGCUCAUCUACAACGCGUUCAGCACGCGCUACCGAACCGUGACCAGCUCCAGUUCGCACGUGACCACGCUGACUGUCACGUCGACGUCCUCUUACCUGGUGCAACCCACGGCUCCUCCAGCAGCGUUCGCGCCGCAGCUGGCGCAGGUGCUGGCGCCGGCGGCCACGGUAGCGCCCGCCGCAGUGCCGUCGCAGCCGGUCGCGGCGGCUUAAGCCUCGUUGCAGUGCGGACUGUCUUGAAUGAACUGUUCCUGAGCCGCCGCGCGUCGGCAGCGUCCGCCAAUCGACCGGCCAAAAAUUCACGGUCUCCGGCGACGCUGCGUUUCUUGCUCACUGUGAGGUUGGCUCCACUAUGGCUGACGAGGACGAGGCGGCUGCGUAUGCAGCGGUGCUUUUUGCCAUGCCACGAAAACUGCCUUUCAUGGUUUGAAAGGCUUCAGUUCAAAGGUGUCGCACAGGAAAUCGAAGAUAUAAAGCUGGGAAAAUUCAGGCCCAUUUCGUGUGAGUAGGAAGAGAAUGUUCCCCAACACACGGAGGGCGAGAAAGUCCAUUUGUUCUGCAGGAAGGGUCGUAACCGUGUUGUUAUUUUCUUCGAAACGAGCUAUAAAAGAGUAUUCCCCACCAUUUGGUGCUUGCUGAUUUUGACCAAAGCCAGCCUCGUCCAGAGUGUAAUGAACUUCGUUGCAGAGAAGAAAGUGGUGCUUUGAGUGGAGAGGUAUGUGAGUCGGUGCGUCGAGAGACCAACCACCGUGCGCCGGCGGAAGUGAAGGAGGGCCAACCAGACGACUUAUACUCGGCAGGGUCAACGACAUAAGCAUGUCGACCACUCUAGUGCACCUCGUCUUCUAAAUUUGCGUAAAUUGAGUGACUCUCACCGAUGUCUCACCGGGCAGAAUAGCCCCGGUUGUGUGAGCACGAAAGAAAAAUUAUGCGUACCUAUUUAUUAUUCGAGCUUGACAUUUCUCAUGAGAAAGAGAAGCAAAGUACUGUGUCUUUCUUUGUAACGCUUGUCUUUUGUUCAUAAAAAUUUUCACCUUGUUGUUUUGAAGAGUGUUCAUGUAAAAAUAAAAGUCUAUGAUGUGUUU